CUCCCGCGGCCAGGAGGCUGGCGCCGCGAGUCACGUGCCGCAGGGCUGGGGGCGUGGCACCAGGAAGCUGCCUUAGCGCCCGCGAGAUCGCCGCCGCCGCCGCCGCUGCACUGCCGGACUCCACGCGCUGGGCGCCGCUACCUCAGCUCCACGCUGGCGGCAGCCCCCGGGCCCACCGCCGCCGCGCCCGCCAUGGGCGAGGAGGACUACUACCUGGAGCUGUGCGAGCGGCCGGUGCACUUCGAGAAGGCGAACCCGGUCAACUGCGUCUUCUUCGAUGAGGCCAACAAGCAGGUUUUUGCUGUUCGAUCCGGUGGAGCUACUGGAGUGGUAGUUAAAGGCCCAGAUGACAGGAAUCCCAUCUCAUUUAGGUGCUGUAGUAGUGCUCUGUUCAGAAUGUGGCCACAGAGAAGAGAUGGACAUUUGUCUUGGAAUGGGCUGGGGAAGACCACUGCCCAGGUGGGGGAAGGCCUCAGAGUGGAGCGAGGCUUGAAAGAGAAGAUUCUAGGUAGAGAAGAGAAGAGGCUUCCGGAUGGAGAGAACAAGAAGGCCUGCAGAAUGGAGGACAAAGGAGAAGUGAAGUGCAUUAAGUUUUCCUUAGAAAAUAAGAUAUUGGCUGUUCAGAGGACCUCAAAGACCGUGGAUUUUUCUAAUUUUACCCCGGAUAGUCCUCAGCUGGAGUACACUCAGGAGUGUAAGACCAAGAAUGCCAACAUACUAGGAUUCUGCUGGACCAGUUCUACUGAAAUUGUCUUCAUCACAGAUCAAGGAAUCGAAUUUUACCAGCUGCCUGACCUAUUGGGAAAGCUUCUGAGAUCUCUAAGUGGAGCCAAUGUGGAGAGUGUAUUACCAGAGAAACGGAAUCUGAAACUCCUGAAGAGCCAGAACAUCAAUGUGAACUGGUACAUGUACUGUCCCGAGAGUGCUGUGAUUCUGCUGUCCACCACAGUGCUUGGAAAUGUGCUGCAGCCCUUCUAUUUCCGGGCUGGCACUAUGUCAAAGCUGCCCAAGUUUGAGAUCGAAUUACCAGCUGCACCUAAGUCAACUAAACUGAGCCUCUCAGAGAGAGACAUUGCCAUGGCAACGAUAUACGGACAGCUAUAUGUUCUCUUCCUGAGGCAUCAUUCUCGGACCUCCAAUAGUACUGGAGCGGAGGUAGUCCUAUAUCACCUACCACGAGAAGGCGCCUGUAAAAAGAUGCACAUAUUGAAGUUAAACCGGACAGGGAAGUUCGCCCUGAACGUGGUGGACAACCUGGUGGUCGUUCAUCAUCAGGACACGGAGACAUCAGUGAUAUUUGAUAUCAGGCUGAGGGGGGAGUUCGAUGGCACCGUUACCCUCCAUCACCCGGUGCUUCCAGCUCGAUCCAUUCAGCCCUAUCAGAUCCCUGUGGCAGGUCCUGCUCCCGUGACCAGCCAGUCCCCCAUCCCGUGUAAACUUUAUUCUUCAUCCUGGAUUGUCUUUCAACCUGACAUCAUCAUCAGUGCGAGCCAAGGUUACCUUUGGAACCUCCAAGUGAAACUUCAGCCCAUAGUAAACCUCUUGCCAGAUAAAGGAAGGCUCAUGGACUUCCUCCUCCAGAGAAGGGAAUGCAAGACCGUCGUCCUGUCGGUGUGCUCGCAGAUGUUGACAGAGUCAGACAGAGCAGCGCUGCCUGUGAUAGCCACUGUUUUUGAUAAACUCAACCAGGAGUAUAAGAAGUACCUGGACGCCGAGCAGAGUUACACGCUGGCACUGGAAGCGGGGCAGAGCCGGAGCGGCCCGUUCCUCAGGAGGCCGGCGCGCACCCAGGCCGUGGUCGACCAGUCUGACAUGUACACCCACGUGCUGUCGGCGUUUGCGGAGAAGGAGAUGCCUCAGAAAUUCGUGAUAGCCGUGCUCAUGGAAUAUAUCCGCUCUCUGAACCAGUUUCAGAUCACAGUACAGCAUUAUUUGCACGAGCUUGUCAUCAAGACGCUCGUCCAGCACAACCUCUUCUACAUGCUGCACCAGUUCCUGCAGUACCAUGUCCUCAGCGAUUCGAAGCCUUUGGCUUGUCUGCUGCUCUCCCUGGAAAGUUUCUAUCCUCCUGCUCAUCAGCUGUCUCUGGAUAUGCUGAAGCGACUUUCCACGGCAAAUGAUGAAAUAGUAGAAGUUCUCCUUUCCAAACACCAAGUGUUAGCUGCCUUAAGGUUUAUCCGGGGCAUUGGUGGCCAAGACAACAUCUCUGCACGAAAAUUUUUAGAUGCUGCAAAGCAGACUGAAGACCACAUGCUUUUCUACACUAUAUUCCGGUUUUUUGAACAGCGAAACCAGCGUUUGCGAGGGAACCCUAGUUUCACACCAGGAGAACACUGUGAAGAACACGUUGCUUUUUUCAAACAGGUUUUUGGAGACCAAGCUCUAAUGAGGCCUACGACGUUCUGAGGUCACUUGCUAGUGGUUUUUUUUUUUUU